CCGGCCCACCAUCAUCAUGGCCAUGGUUUCCCCUGAUCUAUUCCCACUGUCUUCUCUAUUGUCUGCUUUUUACAACUCUUCAGAUUUGAAGCAUAUUUGAUACCCACGACGAAACAAAAACAAACCAACACAAAACACUCAGCAUGGCAGAAGACACCCAUCUGCCCUACCCAACCACCACCGCAUCGACAGCCACGAGCAACCUGAAGAAUGACCCGCCAACAGGGCUAAACUCAUCCUCCACCUCGACCACGGUCUGUGAGGGCGCGGUAGCAGCCACGACCGAAACCCACCACGGCGUCGGCGCCCACCCCGAAGACCCCCGCGGCCUCCCCGUCGCCUCGUUCGAGGAAUACCCCGGCCUGCCUCGGCUCAACUACCGCAUCCUCGACUACAAGCUCAAGCUCUCCAUCAUCGUCGCCCUUCUCGUCAUCGAGUCCUCCUUGUUACCCAUCAUCCUGUACUAUGGAAUCUCGGCGAGCACCUCCCUCCGCCCAGGCCUCGUCUUCGCCAUCGUGACGUCGUUUUUCGGCAUUGUUACCGGCAUCGAGUUUGGUCUCCGGAUGUUGAAGCUCAUCCUGAAAGGCGAUCAAUACCGUCCACCGGGGGGAACAAAGUGGAGUUUUGAUUUUACACAUCACACGCUCAGUUUUGGGUACACAGUCAUGUCUGGGAUUUUGAUAGGGGGUUCGAUUCCGCAUGACCCGCCGGUGAAGGUGCUGGCCAUCCCGGUUAGUUUGUUUUUGAUCCAGAUGGGGGUUCAGCUUACGUGGGCGGGGUGGAUGAAUGCCACGGGCAGGAAGGCGCCGUUCAAGAUUUCGAGCGUGAGCAAAGGGGAGAGGGUGCCGCCGUUGGUGCUGACGAUUAUUGAGGAUAUCGUUGGGGUCGAUGGUGGGGCUGGGGUGGAGUAUAGACGGGCUGUCUUUGCGAGAUAUGCGGCGAGUAAGAGGUUUAGGAGGAUGAUUGCGGUUCAGAAUUGGUUUUGGGCCGUGGGAUCGUUGGUGUUUGGGAUUGGGACACUGGUGACGAUCUGGUGUGUGCAUUAUUAUAUUGCCUAUGGUAUUGGAUGGGCUACCCCGCUGGUCUUCACCAUCGUCUGGACUUGGAUCUCGGUUGAGUGGGUGAGACGGGAUUUGAGGGAGGAGAAGAGGCUAUGGAAAGAAGAGCAUGGUCAGGGUGCCGAAAUGCAACAGAUGCAACCACCAGAGCCGGAAGUACAGCAACAGGAGACAAAGUAAAGGCAACGUAUAGGUAGAACACGCAUGGACUGGAGUUCAGGAGUCUGAUUUGCUUUUUGGGACAGGCACCAGUGGUUUACUGAUACAUCGGCGAAUUAGAGAAUAAUAUGUACAAUCACAACAUGAAAAGGUUUUUCAAAUUUGCA